GAUAUUGAGCUGGCCAACAGCUAUGUUGUUGCUGUAAACAACCUCAGACGUUGCAGUUUACUUACUGCAGGGUACAUUGAGGAACUCAGAACAAUAGUGCUCUUUAGGUGUAGGCAGUCCUUAAUGUCAGCAGUAUGGGGCAUCAGGUGAUAAUAUUCGACUUUUCUGCUGUAAGAAGUAUGUGGGAGAUUCGGGUUAAGAAGCAGAAAGAACGGCAAAAAAAGGAGAAGGAAAGAAUGGCCAAAAGCGCAUUAGAAAAGAUAAGGCAAGAAUGGGACGUUAUGCUAGAGUGCAGAAGAAAAGCCAUUCCACAAGCUGUAUAUCUGAAGAAUGGUUUCAUAGAUACUCACAGCAUUUUGGAUAAGCUUGAUCAGAACUCGCUACUCUUUAAGAAGAUAGCCUUAUUGAAUGAAACAGAGAAAGAAAGAAACCGGUUUAUUUUUCAACUUUCAGGGGAGAACUGGACGGAGUUCCCAGAUUCACUGAAGGAACAGACACAUCUAAAAGAAUGGCAUGUAAACAAUACCAAGAUCACAACCAUUCCAGCUUACAUUGCCUUGUUUCAGGACCUGAGAAUACUACAGUUAUCCAGUAACCACAUUACAGAGCUGCCUGUUGAAAUUGGUUGUUUAAAAAACCUGAAAGAACUCAAUGUCAGUUUUAACCGUUUGAAGACAAUUCCUCCUGAAUUGGGAGACUGUGAAAAUCUGGAAAAACUUGAUUUGUCUGGAAACCUUGAGCUAGCAGAGCUACCAUUCGAACUAAGUAACUUGAAACAAGUGACGUAUGUUGAUGUGUCAGCAAACAAAUUUCCCUCAAUUCCAAUAUGUGUGCUCCGGAUGUCAAGUUUGCAGUGGUUGGAUAUUAGCAGCAAUAACCUCAAAGAUCUGCCACAAGACAUGGAUAGGCUAGAAGAACUACACACUCUUCUCCUGCAGAAAAACAAGUUGACUUACCUUCCACACUCUUUGGUCAAUUUGCCAAAACUCAGUUUACUGGUGGUAAGUGGUGACGAUUUGGUCCAGAUGCCCACAGCUAUCUGUGAAUCAACCACAGGUUUAAAAUUUAUAAGCCUCAAGGAUAACCCUCUUGAAACAACCUCAUUUCAAGAGACUGAAGAAAUAACUGAAAGUGACCAUGAUCGUGAGCUGUUUGAAAAAGAAUUUAUGAAAGCUUAUAUUACAGAUCUAAGAGAAAGAGAGUCCGUUCCUUGCUAUACUACAAAAGUGUCAUUUAGUCUCCACAUCUGAGAACUGGAUUUGUACAUCACUGCAAAAUCCCAACAUUUAAUUUUGCCAAAACAAACAAGAAAACAUCAUUAGCAGAAUACUAAUGUAGACA